AUACGGGGGAAAUGCAUUUAUUUUCACUCAUUGAUGGACGCUUUUGCUUUUAUCUUUUGACUUUAAGGAAACAUCAUGAAAGUCAGCCAUUCUGCCGAUCUACCCAUAAUAACUCUUCCAAAUAGCGCCCUCACCGGCGUCCAACUCACCAAUGACAAGGACUAUGCCAAGUUCACGUCAUAUGAAGCGCGUAUCCCGGCCGAGACUACCGUUGCGCUGAGAUCCCCAGACAGCGAGCAAAGCGUCCACAUCUAUUACUGCAUUAGCGGGAAGGGGAAAUGCGUCGAGGCUGGCGGUCAAAACCAACGGGAAGUUUGCCCUGACAUUGUGGUGGCGCUCUCUUCGGACGUCACCUAUGAGUUGACAGUGUCAGCAGAGGGCGGCAUGCGUCUGUUCGUAGUCUACUAUCCAGACGCCCAGGUGGUCUACCGAUCGCUUGCAGUGGUGCGAAGUCUGUCAGAGGUUGUUGGCAAUGACAGGGAUAUCGACUGGGGAAAAGGCCACAGCCGGCGAUAUCUCAUCAAACAAGAUGGCUUCCCUCUGGGUAUUCACAACACCUGGGUUUAUCCGAAGACAUCUUCCCGCUUGGGCUACAUGAAUCACAUUGAGGGCGUGUACUACAUAGCAGGAAAAACAACCUACCAGUGGCAGGAUACCAGUGGCGAGUGGAUUCAAGCGACUACGAAAACGGAUGGCGAGAACGGCACCAACUACUUAAUGAAUAUGCAUGAUUGUCACGUGUUACAGAACCACGACAAAGAUGCUUACUGUAUUUGCAUCUUUGAUCCCGUUCUGACGGGGAAGGAAAAUCACAAGUUAACCGAAGAUGGGUUCUCUGGUUUUUAAGCCUAAAUGAGUGGA